AUGGCGAGAGAGCAAGGCGUGGUUUGCUGCUGUGGGUCUGAGCUCUACGGACUGAUAGAAAUUGCAAGGUACACCCGAAACCCACGCUUGAAACUGCGGUUGUUCGAAGAGUUGGCAGAGCAGUUCGACUGGAGUACCUAUCGCUAUGUACUUCUGCCUGUGUCUGGACGCAAUCACUGGAGCCUGGUUAUCGUUGAGAACUUCACGACCGCCGAGCCCACGAAGCUUUACCAUGUGAACUCGCUAAGAAAGGCUCAUAGUUCUGCUUACGCGUUUGACGUGCUAGAGUGCGCCUUCGCGUUUGACACAACCCCCCAACAGUCGAACAUGGUGGAAUGUGGAAUUUACGUGCUCUACUACAUGGAGGUGAUUUCAAAGCGUGUUGCCGAAGAAAAACCUGCUUCCAUACAGCAGGAUAAUGCGUCGUGGAUCGCGUCGGGGUUCAAUGUCACGAAAGCCUCCGCUUACCGCAAUGAACUUCACAGCAGGCUUUCGCCUGCAUGGCCACAGCAAUCUCUUGAGCGUAGCCAAACAAUUGCAGGGUUAGAUCGUCGACCCUCUUAA